AUGGUGAAGACAAAGACCACUCCAAGGAAGGAACAGCGAUGUCCCAUGUGUACAUUCACUUGUGUGGAUAUUGAAAGGAUGAAGGAGCAAAUUGUCAGGUGUGGUUUGAAGGAAAUGGAGAAGAAAUCCUUCGUAUGUGAAGAAUGCUCCUUUGCUACCACCUCAGCAAGCAAUCUUCUCCGGCACACAAGGAGAAGGCACAGUGCAGAACAUACGGCACAGCCAGGACUCUCACACGAAGGAGGCAACCUGUCGACUGAAAGAGAGGAUGAAGAGUCGUGGAAAGACAAUGACCCUGGUGAUCUUGCUAGCAUCCUAGGUGAUGUGUCGGACUCUGACAAUGGAGAAGACAAUAAUGAUUCUGCUGGCGUGGAACCUGAUGUAGAGGCCAUUCCCGAUCCUACUGUGAGGAAGCUUACACGGCCAGAUAAAGUGUUCACCUUUAAACGGGCGCCAGAGAAACUGAGUCCCAAGGAUCCCAGGAAUCGUAUCCCACAGAAACUCCCAAGGGUAGAGAGGCCUCCUACUAAUCUCCAUCAAAUUCCUAAGGUGUUAAAAGCAGUGGCGAGUGUGUCUACUCAGACAAAACCUGUUGUACAGAAUCAUGUGGUCUGGAAAACGACAAGGUACACCGAGGGAGAUAAGGAAAUCGGACUGGUGGAAAUGCAGGAGACGGAGACCUUCUGUGGUGUCUGCGGUGCUACAAAACUGGACAAUUAA